AUGAGACAGAACAAGAAGAUCAAGUUUGACGAGGAUGGAGAAAUUAAGGAGAUUAGUGGAAGGAUCAAAACCUCCAGGUAUGGAUCCUUCGCAUCGAAAUCUAAGAGCACUAGAAGGGAUUACAAUCAUGAUUCAAAACAGAGCUCUAGAAGAGAGGACAAAGUUGUAAGCCACAAGCCAAAAACGGUCAGGCUUGAUAGUGAAGACGAUCAAAAUAGUGAUGACGAUGAAAAUCAUAAGCUCUCUCGUUCAGAUUAUUUAAAGAUGCAGAUGAAAGCUCGAACCCUACUCGUUGAUAGAAAGAAGCUACCUAUUUACAAGGCAAAGAAUAGACUUAUUCCUAGAAUUAUAUCAUCAAAGGUUUCAAUUGUUAUUGGUGAGACUGGUUCAGGUAAAUCCACUCAGGUUCCACAAUUUCUUAUGAAGAAGGUUAACGGAGGUAUAGCCGUUACUCAGCCAAGACGAGUGGCUGCAAUUAAUUUGGCAACGAGGGUUGCAGAGGAAUAUGGAUGUCCUUUGGGCCAUGAAGUUGGAUAUUCUGUUCGGUUCAGCAAUGUGACCAGCAAGAAAACCAAGUUAAGAUACUUGACAGACGGUAUGCUUUUAAGAGAGAUGAUGCUAGAUCCUAUGAUGUCCAAGUAUUCGACCAUAAUAGUAGAUGAAGCCCACGAGAGGACUAUUUUGACAGAUUUAAUACUUGGAUUCUUGAAGGGUUUAAUACUUGGCAAGCGUAAAGAUGAUUCUGACUUCCGUGUUAUUGUCAUGUCGGCCACUUUAGAUGCUGAAAAAUUCUCUCAGUUCUUUGAAAAUGCCCCGAUUUACUACAUUGAGGGAAGGUUGUUCCCCGUGAAGAGGUUAUAUUUACAACGUAGCGCUGAUGAUAUCAUCGAUGACAUGGUGAAGGCUAUAAUACAGGUGAAUCAGGGUGAACGAACUGGUGACAUCCUAUGUUUCCUUCCUGGUCAGGAAGAUAUUGAUAAAGUAACAAGCUUGUUAGAAAAAUUGGCCCCUGAACUACCUAAGGAUGCUCCUCUGAUGGUUCCCUUACCAUUAUAUGCAGCUCUACCACCCCAUCAGCAGAUGAAAGUUUUCGAAAAGGUCAAGCCUCGUCAACGUAAAGUUAUCUUGUCUACCAAUAUAGCUGAGACUUCGGUGACUGUCCCAGGAAUUAGAUAUGUUAUUGAUUCUGGUCUUCGAAAAGUGAAAGUUUGGAGGCACGAACUUGGUCUCUCCACGUUAUUGACUGUUCCAAUUUCGAAGGCAUCUGCGGCUCAACGUACAGGUAGAGCUGGUAGAGAAGCACCCGGAAAGUGCUUCAGAUUAUAUAGAGAGAAAGAUUACCUAAAACUCUGUGAAAACACUGAACCUGAAAUCUUGCGCUCAGAAAUUGUUUCACCGGUACUCAUGUUAAAAAGGUUGAACGUGGAUGAUAUUUUGGGGUGGUAUUGGAUUGAAAGUCCAGGGAAAGAGUCACUGUUCUCUGCUCUUCGCCAGCUUUACUCAUUGAAUGCUCUUUCUGACUCUGGUAGUAUCACUAGUUUGGGACAGAAAAUGGUUGUUUUACCUGUGGCUCCACACCUUGCCUCCGUUCUUAUACAAGCUAAAGAAUACGGAGUUUUAGAUCCUGUUGUUGAUAUUGUUUCUUGCCUUUCCGUGGAUAAUCUACUUUUAACACCAUCUAGUGAGAAGCGGGAUGAAAUCAAUAUUAAAAGAAGAGACACAUGUACGCUGGGCUCUCGAUAUGGUGAUUUGCUAAUGCUCAAAGAGCUAUAUGAUAUAUAUAAUGGCUUCUCCGAUGUCGGAGAAUGCAAGCACUGGUGCAGAGAGAUAGGAGUUUCUUAUAGAGGAUUCAGGAACGUACUUCGAAUACGAAAGCAGAUUGCUAGCUACAUGGAGAAUAUUGGAGGGAGGAGUACACAUUCCCAAAGUGAUAUUAAUGAUGAUAUUGAUGACAUUGAUUACAGUAAACCCGUUGAUCCAAGUCUUAUCCUAAAGUCAUUUCUAAAAGGUUUCAUCACUAAUUCUGCUAUUGGUAUGCCAGAUAGAUCAUAUAGAACGGUUACAACAGGUGAUACCAUCUCCAUUCAUCCUUCCUCGCUUCUUUUUGGUAAGAAAGUUGAUGCCAUUCUGUAUAUAGAACAUGUUUACACUAUGAAAGGAUACGCCAGAAAUGUCAGUGCAAUUGAACUUGAAUGGUUGCAGGAAGUGGCACCACAUCUUUUAGGAUCCAGGAUAAGUAUUCAGAACGAUUGA